GCGUCUCUCUAUUGUAGUCUGGUGCUGCUCCGUGUUACCUAGAAGGUGACAUCUCCAAAAAAAACGCGUUAUCCAGCGAGCGAUGAAAGAAUGAUCAGAGAGAAUACUGCUCGCAUAGCGCAGCAAAAACUCCUGUUUUCACGGUGUUGACAUGAAGAAAGACAUAGAGGUUCUGGUUGCAGAGGAAAGAGCAGCAAUCAUCUCUAAAUAUGAUAAGGAGGAGAAGUACGUUCUUUUUCAGCCGCAUCGGUAAAAAGCGCGACCGCUACUCUAAGAAGGAGCCCAGGACCAGAAACAACGGUCGUGAUGCUGCAGACGUGGAGAUCGAUCCCUGGGAGGAUGCAGACUACAGCAUAUACAGAGCCACAGAUCGCUUUGGUUUCCUUCAUGAAGAGGAGCUACCCACACCAAGUGCACUUGAGGAGAAGCAAAAGCAGCAGGAGGUUCUACGGGUGCAGAAAUGGCUGAAGAUGGUGAACAAAUGGGACAAGUACAGAAACAGUGACAGAAUGGUACGACGGGUGUACAAGGGGAUUCCCCAGCAGCUCAGAGGAAAGGUCUGGUCUCUUCUUCUGGAUUUGGAGAAAGUCAAGAAUGAAAAUCCUGGCAAAUAUGAAAGCAUGUGUCAGCAAGCCAAGCACUUCUCUGCAGAGAUCAAGCAGAUUGAUCUGGACAUCAACAGAACAUUCAGAAACCACAUCAUGUUCAUGGACCGCUUUGGGGUCAAGCAGCAGUCUCUGUUCAGCGUGCUCUCUGCAUACUCCGUCUACAACACGGAGGUGAGUUACUGCCAGGGCAUGAGUCAGGUUGCUGCCAUCCUGCUGAUGUUCCUGAAUGAGGAGGAUGCCUUCUGGGCCCUGUCACAGCUGCUGACCAAUCAGAAGCAUGCAAUGCAUGGUUUCUUUGUCCCUGGCUUUCCGAAGCUUCAGCGCUUCCAGUCGCAUCACGAUCAGAUUCUCUCCAAGCUGCAGCCCAGACUCAAGAAGCACCUGGACCGUGAACAGAUGACCAGUGGGAUUUACAGCACUAAAUGGUUUCUGCAGUGCUUCAUCGACAGAACGCCAUUUACUCUGACACUGCGUCUGUGGGACAUCUUCAUUCUGGAGGGGGAGAAAGUUCUGACCGCCAUGGCUUACACCAUCCUACGCUUGCACAAAAAGCGUCUGCUGAAGAUGCCUCUGGAGGACCUGCGGGAGUUUCUGCAGGAGACCAUCUCCUCGACCUUCCUCAUGAGCGACGACAUGGCCAUCGAGCAGCUGCAGGUGUCCAUGUCAGAGCUGCGCAAAAUGAAGCUGGACCUGCCCCCUCCAGCUAAGCCAGAGGAGCUUCCACGUAAGCCUCUUGGCCUGGAGCUCCCCCUGCUGUUAACUCCAGUGAUGCCCACCAAAGGCAGCCCAUCCUGGGAAGGUCCAGGCGGCGGUGGCCCUCACCACUCCAUCCAGCAGGACUCUAUCACCCCUCACGGCAGCUCCCCCACGGAGGAGAAGUCCCAGCAGAGGAUUGUGGGUAAAGAUGGCGGCGACCCCUCGCCCUUGCCCUCCCCGGACCCUGUGCUCGUCCACAGCCAAGCGCCCCAGGGGGAGUGGCCCCCUCCUCCGUACGCGCCGCCGGACAGUGACAUCAUCACGGACCCGUCGGACAGCAAGGGCUCGUGUGAGCUGCCGAAACCCCAGCCGCCCCCCUCCCCCAUACGCAGCCCCUCCAACAUCUCACAGUACGACAACCUGCGCGAGGGGGGCCAGCCCGCCACAGACCCCCACCGCGUCCGAAAGGGCGUCCCCUCGGUCCGGUCCUCCCCUCACCUCCCCCUCAGGGACACCUCCAGCCCCCAGCAGCUGCCCAAGUCUAAAUCUCUCAGCUUCUAGCCCCACCAGACGGGCGGCCAUUUUGUGACAUUUCAGUACAGUAGUAGUUGAACGAAGGAUGUGAAUCAUGCACCCAAUACAGUGAAUAUGAAUGGAAGACAGCCAUGUUCAUGCUUUAUAGGAAUUGUGCACUUAAAAAAACAGCUAGAAGUUUUAUCAGUUCCUCAUGAUGGUCAGUGUUUAGGUCAGUCAUAUGUCAAACAUGUGAUAGACGUAUCUUGAAGAUCUGUUGCUUCUUAGCAUCUUUGUGCUCAUUUGAUUUAUGCUGAUAUGCCAAGUUUUAUUACGAUGUGUCCAUGUUGCUUUUGAAAUUGUAUUGGCCUUUAGCAAAUAAUAUCUAGAAUCCUGCUCAGAUUGUUGUGAAGAAACAUUUGUAUUUGUACAACAUUUGUACAACGGAGCUGAUAGACUUCAAUUGAAUUUGUCUUAAUAUCAUCCAGUGUUCUCAGAAAGUGGGAUAUGAAAUAGGAUUUAAGUCAUAGUAGGGUAAAUCACCUUGACCAAUCUGAUCAGGCUAUCUGGUCACAUGGUUUGGACAAGCAUAUGGGAACUGACGAGCUUGUUAAUGUGGGCUGGACCCAGACAUCUUUGUAACCUCUAACUAUUGGCCUGGCAUUUCAGAGGUGUCUCAAAGUGCACUGGGCUGUGUUGUAUCUGUGGCUGAUUGUACUCGUACGAAUGAGGCUACUAUAUGACAGAUGACAGAGGUCCUUCCUCGUCCUGUACCUCUGCUCCCUGUCCUGUGUCUCAAGUUCUUCACAACGGGAUGUGAAGUUUUGACGCAUUGAGAAGACCCCCACAAAUCUACCGUGCAUGUUUCUUUUACCUUCAGAGACAAUUGAGUGAGCUGAGUGCAGCGGCUUAAGGUGUUGUCUCUACAUCAGGUGCUCGCAGGCAUUUCUGCCUGAGGAACUUCUGGACAAGCUUUUUAUUUAGGGCUAUUUAGGUACUACUUAGCAGUGCACAUAUCACAAUGCUGUUGUCAAUGAUGUCUAAACUCUGUACUAAUGUACCUUUCCUGUUGCCUCCCUGUAUCACCACAGGAAGGGUUCUCUUCCUCUUUUCUUCUGUCUUUCUUUCUGUGUCUUUCUUUCACUCUUUCUCCUUGUCUCCCCCUCUCUGUCUCACUUCCGCUCUUACUUCAAACAUAGUUUUUGAUUCAUACCUCUUUCCCCUCCUGCUCUUGUCAGCUUUUCUAUUGAACAUUGUUUAGCAGAUGUGUAUUCAUCUAAUCUCCAUUUCUCUGUGUGUGUGGAAUAUUUCACACCCAUGUUACAUUCUCCUUAACAUUCUGUUCGAUACGUUUUUGUUUGUUUUUCUUCUGCCAGGAUGUUUUAUAAAUGAAGUAACCUAGUUGUAGAUUUGUUCAGCAUUUGUAGUAUCUGUAAAAAGCUAUUUUAGUCUUGUGGAUAUUUUAUAUGAUGUAGGAUGCUAUAUAUUUAUAAGGAAAUAAUAAUAGUAAUUUUUACUAGGAACCAGACUUGGCCUCUUGUAGUGAUGGGACAGUGCAAGGGAACGCUGAUAGCCUCCAAGUCAUCUCAACUCAGCUGUGUUCAGUUCUGCCUGCUACUCUCCCAGUAGACUCCACACACUAGGACUGGGGAGUAAGAAACCAUCUCACUCUGACGUCUCAGCCGCAGUACGCGUGCCAUAAUAGGAACAGGAGUCUAUGUUCUAAACCUGGGGCUGCCAAAGUGGGUCAGAUCAGCCAUGUGAGAGACAUAGAUGUUCAGAAUCUAGAGCAGUUCAAGCAGGCAAAUGUGUUUUUUCGUUAUCACUCGGUAGAAAAGGCGUUUUGUGAAACGCCUAAAUGUUUUGUUUGGCUGGAGGAGCCAUCAGCUCACAAAAUGACUUUUUCUUAGUUCAUUACAGCACUUUUAAUCUUUCAAAGCACUGUGUUUAAUAGCUUCCCCUUCUAGGAAAUGCUGAAGAUCUUCUAUGGAGCCCCUUAGUGGGCUGUGUAAGAUUUAAAGCCGGCCCUGUUACAUCAGAAAUGCCUCAGUGUAAUUGCACUCUAGUACUGCACUCUAGUAUUACAUCUGGUUUAAGCAGUCAAAAGGUCAACCAUAACUGCGGCUAUUAAUGAUUGGAGUAUAGAUCAGGGGGCACACUGCUGAAAUUCUACUCACACUACACAGAUUUUUGUUUUGCUAAUAGUACAUUGAGCCUCACCCCGCAAAGGUAUUGAGUAGGGAUGGACGGCACUGUUGAACUGGUGAAAUGAAGACACGUUCAUUUUAAACCAGGUUCUCUAUGGUUGUCUCAACACUUGUAAUGUCUUCUCCAGUAAAACAAGACAAGACAUCCACACGAAUGAAGGAGUUCUACCAGGACUACAAGACUUUUUAUCUUAUGCUAUUAAAGCUCUCCUGUUUCUGACGGUUCUCUGUGGGAUGGUUUCGAAUUAUUUUGGUCAAUAUGACGACCUCAGUGUUUACAGUAAAGUGCAGGUGUGUUGUCAGCUUCCCUUACAUUGUAUCACAUCCCCUGCUGGACAGAGAGGGUAUGGCAUGAGUACGCAGCAUAUAACUUGGUAGGCGGACUUGGUGUAUUGCAAGCAUGGACAAUGCUACCUGAAGGACGAAAGGUACCCUGAAUCUCCCCUUAAGCAUUUAUAGUUCAGUAUACAUUUUGAUGCCCGAAAUAAAUGACAGGUGAUAAUUUUUUGAUUGUGUCUAAGUUGGACUUAUGGAAACCCAAUUGGUGCACAGGUCAUGCCAAUAUUUCCCUGUCUACUGGAAAGUAUCAUGUAUGAUACUUAUUCCACUAUUUUUUAUCUGAAAGUUAAGCACUUUUAUUGGUUUUCUACACAAACAUGAGGAAUGUUUUUAGAGUAAUGCUAUACUGCCCUUUCCCAAGGACUUUAGGAAGGAGACCUCCAGCUUCGUUUUUAUUUUUGAGGUGUGCUCUGUAAAUCCAUGUGACUUUCUACAACAAUGUUUAACCAUGGUAGAUCAAGUAGAGGCUUCAAACAUUGGUUGAAUGAUUUCAUUGUGGUGCAAUAAAUACUUUAAUGUUG